CGAAGAGUGGUUCAGACUUAUGUGUGGAGGAGGAAAAUGCAUGAAAGGUGUAUCGCGUGAUCACGGGGAGCUGUGGUGUGCUGGCUGUGAAAACCCAGUUAUGUUUCCCCGAGCAAGGUUCCAUCUUGAACUUGAUGUGCUCGAUUCCACGGCAAAUGCGGUCAUCGUGUGCUUCGAUGACACUGCACAGAUUCUAACAAGCACCACUGCUCAGUCUAUACUCAAUGUGGAAUCGGGUCUCUCGCAUAUCUACACCGUUUAUUCCGAAAGCAUCCAGGAUAGCUUCACUCCAGUCAUGAUACAGAACUCUAACGGUAUCAUCUCAGCGCUCCCAAACUGCUUACACUCACUUGUGGGCACCACCCGAACCAUCCAAGUUGACACAUCCACAUACUACCAUCAUGGUGCCUUUGAGAGCUUCAACUGCAAGCGUGUGCUCCCAGACGAAACCAAUUGUCAAUCCGUUGGAUCUACCACUCCUACUCCCAUGACUAGGAAGGGUAAAGGGGUGAUGACAAUACCAACACCGGUUAAGCUCAAAGAAACAAUCAGAAAGUACAUCCCUACUUAUGAAGGUUCUGAUUCAGAUGGUUCUGUGGGUAGCGCUCCAGGUGAAAGCCCUACUUAUGAAGGUUCUUAUUCAGAUGGUUCUGUGGGUAGCGCUCCAGGUGAAAGACAAGAAACUACUAAGGGGAACGUCGACUACAUGGCCAUGCAUUAGCGGCAGAAGAUUUCGUGAAUUAUUGAAUAAAACCGGAAGCUUUAUGAACUCCUUUAGUUUUUUUCCUGUAAUGUAUGUUUUUAGACUUGACAUACAUGUUUGUUCUUAAACAGAUUCCGCAAACAAAGUUUCCUGUGCUAUG